CACCCCUCCCACUAACUACUCCAGAUUCUGACAGCUCUAGCCUACUUUGCCAUGCUAUGACCGGACAAUAGAAAAAAAAAACAUUCCCACUUCAGCCUCGUUGGCGACGCCAAAGAAUCGACAGACUCACCCAUACUAGACACUCGACUCAAGAACAUACCCCUCCUGAGCCACCAGAUACCCCUCACUGCUUCGCGGGGUACAGUCGAUAGAACCACCAUCACCUAGCCUUAGACGAAGCUUCAUCAGCAAGCACAGAUAAUCCACCAUGGCCAAAGAAAGCGAUGCCCCGAUAGAUCCUUUCACCCCUCGCAAGCCCGCCGACCACCACCGUCGACCCAUCUCACACCAGCCCGAGUUCGGAAAGCCGUCACCUAUUCGCCCAGUGCACCAUCAGAGCUACCACUCGAGCAACCCCUUCAACGUUCCGAAGCCAAACCAGCCGCGACUGGAACAUCAUCGGGCGCAACCCCGGCCCCCAAACCCUGCACAUCAUCAUAUUGCCUCGCAAUACCGGCCCCCUACAACUCCAGGCCCCGCUGGCGUGUCGACCCCGCGACGGGAGGCAUUCGACCCGUUCAAGCCUGUGAGACCCUCCGCCUACAACAACAACCGUCACGCGCGUCCCGUCAACGAUGAUGUGGUGGAAAUCCGCCGUCCUGAGAAUUUCACGUUCAAUACGCCUCGGGCUCCUAAGACAUUCUACACCUCGAAGCCCUCCGCCAUCAAGAUGAACAAUGCGUCAAAGAACUUGAGGAACUUUGUCGAUCUGACGGGCUCGGGCGGGUUUACCCCAAGCGCAUCAUCUCGUAAUACGGGAUUCGGCUCCAUGGAUGUGAACGGUUAUGUCGAUACGGCCAAGGCGAAUGAGAACAUCAAGGCUCUCCUGGAAGGAGCAUUCGAAGAUGAAGAUGAAAAGAAGCCCAAAUCUAAGGGCAAGAAGAAGAGCAAAAAGAACAAGAAGAAUAACAAGGAAAAGAAGCAGAAGGACGAAGACAAAAAGGCGGAUGCUGACAUCGACGAUCUAGCGGCGCAGCUGGGUGGUGUGACCGUGAAGGAGUCCGAUGUUGCGGAUGAAAGCGAUGAGGAAGAGUUAAACUCUCCUAUCAAAGAAACCGUCAAGAAGCCAGAUGCUGAAGAGGUUACCAAGAAGGAGGAUGGUAGCGAAGCCGAGUCCGAAAAUGAAGAUGACGAAGAGGAGGAAGAGGAGGAGGAGGAAGAUGACGGUACAGUAGAAGGCUUGAAGGUCAAACUGCUGCCUCACCAACGGGAAGGUGUUAACUGGAUGUGCGACAAAGAGACCGGCCGGAGGAGGACGAAGGGAGUACUUCCGAAGGGUGGAAUCCUAGCAGACGACAUGGGUCUCGGAAAGACUGUUCAGGCCAUUGCUCUGUUGCUCUCCAACCAGAAGCCCGCAAGCGGUCUCAGACGACCCAAGUCUGACGAUGAGGAGGAGAACAGCGAUGAAGACGAAGACGAGGAUGAAGAAGAUGACCGCAAACUCCCACCCGGUCUGAGCAGCUCGACUCUAGUUGUUGCUCCCCUGGCUCUCAUCAAGCAGUGGGAGUCGGAGAUCAUGACCAAGGUCGAAACCUCUCACAGGAUGCGCGUGCUCGUCUACCACGGCAAUGCGCGAGCGAAAGCGACGGACAAUCUGGAGGACUACGAUGUGGUCAUUACCACGUAUGGUACAUUGACUUCGGAGCACGGAGCUAUGGAUAAGAACAAGAAGAAGUCUGGACUUUUCUCCGUCUACUGGUACCGGAUUAUCCUGGAUGAAGCGCACACCAUCAAGAAUCGGAACGCAAAGGCAACCCAGUCUGCAUGCGCUCUGGAUGCCGAGUACCGGUGGUGUCUUUCUGGAACGCCAAUGCAAAACAACCUGGACGAACUACAGAGUCUGAUCAAAUUCCUCCGGAUCAAGCCGUUCAACGACCUGGCAGCCUGGAGGGAGCAAAUCAUGAAGCCUCUGGCCAACGGCCGCGGGGGUCUUGCCAUUGAGCGCCUGCAGGUUUAUCUCAAGAUCUUCAUGAAGCGGAGAACUAAGGAUGUCCUGAGGGAAAAUGCCGACACCAAGCCCGGUGAAGACGGGAAGAAGAAGAAGUCCAACGGCUUCCACAUCGUGAAGCGAGAAGUCAUCAAGGUAGAGGCGGAGUUCAUGCCGGGAGAAAUGAACUUCUACCAACGCCUAGAACAACGGACAGAGAACAGUCUCGAGAAGAUGAUGGGUGGUGAGAAGGUCGACUACGCUGGAGCGUUGGUCUUGCUCUUGCGUCUUCGGCAAUCUUGCAACCACCCGGAUCUGGUCAAGAGCGAUCUCGCCAAGGACAAAGACGUUCUCUUGCAGAACGGAGCCUCCAGUCAAUCGUCUGCCAAGAACGAUGAGCUGGACAGCAUGGCAGACCUUUUCGGAGCCCUGAGUGUUGUGACGAAGAAGUGCGACAUCUGUCAAAUGGAACUCGGCAAAGAAGAGGCAACCGGUGGCAGCAGUAGGUGCAAGGAAUGCGAGGAGGCUCUGAACACCGACUUGACGAAUACCGAACGCAAGAAGAAACAGAAUAAGAAGGACGAGAAGUUGUAUAUUGACCUCACGGAAUCGCCCUCAGCCCGCCGAAGCGAGGCGCAGAUUGCUCGAUCCCGACGGAACCGAAGAGUUAUCGAUGAUAGCGACGACGAUGAAGAUGAGGAUGGCGAGUGGCUCGUCCCAGAAGACCAGCGUGGGGCGUCCAAUCUUGGAAGGGCCGGAGGCAGCGAUGACGAGGAUGCAGAGGGAGGUGGCGAAUGGCUCAACGAGGACGAUUCCGACACUGAUGACGAAGGUCCGGAGUCGCCAUCCCGCAAGCCAACCAGUAUCAAGAAGCAGACGUUCGACACGGACUCCGAGGAUGAGGACAUCUACUUGAACCCCGGCGAGGGCGAGGACGCGGUGCUCCCAUCAACGAAGAUCCGACACCUAAUGAAGGUCCUCCGACGCGAAUCCGCUGAUUACAAGUUCAUCGUCUUCUCCGUCUUCACCUCAAUGCUUGACAAGAUCGAACCCUUCCUGAAACGCGCUGGUAUCGGAUUCGCACGGUACGACGGAAGCAUGCGGAACGACCUCAGAGAAGCCAGUCUCAACAAGCUCCGAAACAACAGCGGCACAAGGGUCCUUCUUUGCAGUCUACGUGCCGGUGCACUGGGUCUUAACCUUACCGCCGCCAGUCGUGUGGUCAUCCUCGAGCCAUUCUGGAACCCUUUCGUCGAAGAACAAGCCAUCGACCGAGUCCACCGCCUGAACCAGACCGUCGACGUCAAGAUCUACAAGAUGAUCAUCAAAGGCACCGUGGAGGAGCGUAUUAUCGACCUGCAGGACCGCAAGCGAGAACUAGCCAACAUGACCAUCGAGGGCAAGACUGCCGUCGGCAAACUCACCAUGAAGGACAUGAUGGCUCUGUUCGGUAAAGACGCCGAAUCACGAUACACCGGCGAACGCGAUCUGGAUCUCACCCAGACCACCAAGCUACUGACCUCCGGCACCGAUAGCCCCCGCCCGGCCUCCCCGUCUAAAGGCGAGUCGCGUGAUCGAUCCCAUCCGCAGGGAAAGCCACGCGCCCCUCGAUCGGAGGAUAGUGUGUACGGCAGACGGUGGUAAGCGUGGGUGUUGGACUGCGAAAUGGACGGAUGGGUCUGUGGCAUUGGUCUGGACAUAAUUCCUUUCUUUAUUUCUUUAUUUCGGGGUUUAUUUUUCGGUUACAUACAUACCU